AUGUCAAUCACAACUCUUUCUCCUGGAUCUCCUGCUCUGAUAUUGCAGUUGAUUCCUCAGUCAGCCAUAUCUGGAAUUAAGGAUGGGGUGGACACCAGUGAAGUCAGGUCUUCCCUUCAGAUGUCCCAAAAACCAAGUUGCCUUGAGAUACAGCCAUUUAUUGUCACUGAGGUUCCAGCUGAAGAACUUGAAAAUCUAGACACUAAUAGUGAUGUGCCAGUUGUCUCUCAAUCUGAAGAAGAAUCUUCUUUGUCAGAACCGUUCAUUUCUAAAGAAAAAUGGAAAGCUCAAACAUUUAAUGAGUACAGCUACGGAUCUCAGCGCCUCAUUGAAAUUGAGGAGGAGAAGCUUUCAAUCAAAAAGCAGAGACCGGAAAUUGAAAAAGAGAGGCUCGAGAUUUUGAAGAACUUUUAUGCUUUGUUUUCUUCUUCAAAUGUUCAAUCUGUUUGUAAUCUUUUGUCUGAGUUUAAUUAG